AUGCCAAACGAAAAUCCGCUUAGAAUUGUUGUAGUCGGCGGCGCAGCUGCUGGCAUGGCCGCCGCAGUCCGUUGCCGUCGACUUGAUGAACGUGCUAUGAUCACAGUCAUUGAGAAAGGACCCUACGCGAGCCAUGCCAACUCCGGAGUUCCGAAUGUGCUGGAUAGUGUGAUCGAGGGAGAUACAGCUUUGAUUCCGCAGACUCCUGCUGGGUUAAAGGCUCGGUUUAACUUGGAGUUACGCAUCAAUACCGAAUUGAUUAGCAUUUCCAAGAAAGAGAGGACGAUUUUGCUGAAGUCAGUAGAUUCAGAAGAGAACGUGUAUCAUCUUUCAUAUGAUAAAUUGGUUCUGGCAAUAGGCGCAGAUCCGGCCUUGCCAGAGAUUGAGGGAAUCAAGGGUACACGCAAUUUCUUCACCUUGCGCAAGCAAAAGGAUCUACAAGCAAUCAAAGCCUACAUCUCGAAACAUGAGAGUCGGCGAGCAACCGUAAUCGGAGCAGGAUUCAUCGGACUGAGGGCGGCGGAAAGUCUGUUACGGCUAGGUCUGCAAGUGACUCUUAUUGAGGCGAGUGACCAGAUCCAUCCGGCAUUCGACAAGGACAUUGCGCACUACUUGCAGACAGAACUGAGUUCCAAUAAAGUGCAACUAUACCUCGGGACAACAGUGCAGAAACUCGUAAUGAUUGACGCGGAUGAUGAUUGCUCUCAUCUUCAGUUGGAUGAUGGCUCUGUUGUAGCCACUGAUCUGGUUGUUGCUGCUAUUGGCCUCAAUCCGAGAGUCAGCAUUGCUCGAGCCGCCGGGUUGGCUGCCAAACGAGGCGUCACUGUUAAUACUUUUAUGCAAACUAGUGAUCCGGAUAUCUAUGCAAUAGGGGAUAUGGUUGAAACGGAGAAUAGACUCGCGCACAGCCCGGGAAUCUUGGCCCUCGGAGGACCAGGUAGUCGACAAGGACGCCUAGCAGCAAAUCAUAUCUAUGGACAAGCUAGUGCUUAUGCAGGAAAUGUGGGAACCUUCAUUUCCAAAGUCUUCAACCUCACUGUCGCCAUGACAGGAAUGUCUGUGAAAGCCCUUCGGCAUAUCGGAUACAAUCCGCAAUGGGUGACUGUCCAUACGCCAGAUCAUGAAGGCUAUUAUCCUGCAUCGAGCUUACUUACUCUACGCAUCAUCUUUGAACCGUACACGGGACGCCUGCUCGGGGCUCAAGCCGUCGGCAAGUACGGCGUUGACAAGCGCAUUGACGUACUCUCAACCGCACUUCAGGCUGGCAUGUCCGUGUUUGACCUAGAGCAGCUCGAACUCUCCUAUGCGCCGCAGUACGGUACUGCAAGGGAUCCCGUGAAUGUAGCUGGCUGUGCCGCCGGUAAUAUUUUACGACAAGAAGUUCGCACUUUGCAUCCGAAUGAGCUCGUCGGUCAUACAUCAGAAUGGCAAAUCAUCGACGUCCGCACAGCAGAGAACUAUACUCAGAGCAAUAUUCCGUCAUCGCGAAACAUUCCCCUGGACACGCUGCGAGAAAACCUAGAUAACAUUGACAAAGAGCAUCCCGUCCUAGUCUACUCCCGAGUAGGCUACCACGGAUAUAUUGCUCAUCGGAUAUUGAAACAACUUGGAUACGAGGUCGCUAAUCUCGAUGGUGGAUGGAAACUGUGGGUCCCUAAGUUUGUAGCCUGCAAGGCGACACUGUGUCAAAAUCCAUAG